AUGUCCGUUUCCAAGAGUUUCUUAUUCCUUGCGCUCCUGUUCUUGGGAACACAUGCAUUUACUACUACUGCGCCCAAGGUGCGACAGGAUUCGGCAACGGCCUUGUCCAUGGCAUGGCUGGACCGAUUGUUGAACCCCAAGUCGUUUCCUCCUGAAGCCGAAGUAACUGCGCGCCAUAUUCUGAUCAAGGAUCGACAAGAGGCUGAAGCUGUCAAGGCCAAGUUUCGAGGACGUAAUUUCGCGCAACUUGCCAAACAAUAUUCCACAUGUCCAUCGAGUGCCAAAGGAGGAAACUUAGGAAGCUUCAAUCCAGGGCAAAUGCAAGAAGAUUUUGACCUCGCCGUGUUUGAUCCGGAGGUGUCAAAAGUGGGAGAACUGACAGGUCCAGUCAUGACACCCUUUGGAUACCACUUGAUCAUUGUCGACAAGCGAUCUGGCGUUUAA